CAUGACAACCCCUCUCUCUCCCUCACACACACACACACACACACACACACGGCUAACAGCAGUCAGAAAGUCUUCUGUAGGAAGAGUAGUUUAGUGGAGAAGGAGCUUCUCGGUUUUAGCUUGGUGAUUACAGCUACAGCAGGAUGGUGGCUCACGAGGAAAAGUCAAACUCUUGUGGAACAGUAUGCCUUAAAUACCUGCUGUUCACCUUUAAUCUGCUUUUAUGGUUGUCUGGGGGCGCUGUGAUGGCAGUGGGACUCUGGACUCUAGUGGAUAAGAGUGACUACAUUAGUCUACUGUCUUCCAGUGCAUAUUCUUUUGCUGCCUACAUCCUUAUAGCAGCAGGCACCGUUGUCAUGCUCACUGGAAUUCUUGGCUGCUGUGCCACCAUUAGAGAGAACAAAAGACUUCUGAUAGUGUUCUUUGUUCUGCUGCUGUUGAUAUUCCUGCUGGAGAUCACUGCUGGAGUUUUGUCCUAUUGGUAUUACCAAGAGUGUUUUCCUUUCUGCUAUAAGCUGAAUGAUGAGCUGAGAGCAGACCUGAAAGAGACCAUGGUGGAGAAGUACCAGCAUCCUGAUCACGAGCACAUCACCAGAGCUGUGGACAAACUCCAACAGGAUUUGAAGUGCUGUGGCAGUAACAGCUCGGCAGAUUGGCAGGAAGGAGCCUGGAUACACACGUUUGCUGACAGACGGCUUGUGCCCGACAGCUGCUGCAAGACCCCUACUGUUCGCUGCGGAGUGAGAGACCACCCAUCCAAUAUCUACAAAGUAGAGGGUGGUUGCAUUUCUAAAUUAGAGGACUUUAUUCUUCAGCACUUGCUGAUAUUAGGCGGCGUGGGUGUUGGAAUUGCGUUCCUACAGAUUUUAGGAAUGCUCUUUACCUGCUGUCUGUAUCGAAGUUUAAAAGAGGAGCCUUACUAAGAAUUUGCAUCCUGUACUCAAACACCAAACACACACACACAGUUUCACACAUUUUACAGCCUUUAUCUUCCUGUUGUGCUGCUAUGCAAUGUAAAUAUUUUGUGUAAAGUGGUGAAGGACAGGAGACCAUAGCAAUAUAUUUUGGCUGCAGGGCAGUCAUUUUUUAAAAGGAAAAGCAUAUGAAUGAUUGAAAAACGCUAAGUGUGUGGCCUGUGAUGAACCAAUCUGAUUUAUAAUACUGGUUCAUCAUAUAAUAUUGGUUCAUCAUAGGCCCGUAACUGACUCAGCCUUGAAGUUCAUGAAAGUCAUUGGAUGAGAUGUAAUCCCUGCAUCAGCUUCAUUACUCCACAUACUGCAUUAACUGUAUCAGUUUCCAUAUCUCUGUCUACUGUAAAGAUUACUUUGCUAAAAACAAAAAAUAAAUCCAGCUUCGUCUGACCAGCUACCAGCUUUCAAAAACAGAGGCCAAGCUGAUAGACCAUCUUUGCCAGGUGGUAAGUUAGUAUUCCAGCUUCCUUAUUCCAUCCAUCUUCCAUACUGCUUAUCCGACACAGGGCCUUGGGGAGCCUGGAGCCUAUCCCAGGGAGCUCAGGGCACAAAGCAGGGGACACCCUGGACAGGGUGCCACUCCAUCACAGGGCACAAUCGCACACACACUCAUUCACACACUACAGGCAAUUUGGAAAGGCAACACAUGUCUUUGGACUGGGGGAGGAAACCGGAGUACUCGGAAGAAACCCUAGAAGCACGGGGAGAGCAUGCAAACUCCACACACACAGGAAGGAGGCGGGAUUCGAACCCCCAGCCCUGGAGGUACACGGCAACAGUGCCCCCCAGCUUCCUUAUUACUUGACUAAAUUAGUAAAUACAUGAGAUUUGAGGUUUUCUAAUUGCUGUAUUGUGUUAUUUUCUUUAAAAUAAACAACUUGUCUAUGAUGUUGCAUUAGUAGUGGUAGUUCAGAGACUAUUUCCAUCUACCAGCAUUUACCAAGCCUGAACGGCUCGGCCUGUGUUUUGGUACCUGAUGCAUGGUCAGACCAAUGACUUUUUCAGCUGGAUAGCUUUAUCUGAAACUAAGGUUCAUGACUAAUUCACCUCACAUGAAGUGAUCAGGCCUAAAUAUUAGUAUUUUUUUUCAUUUGAGUAUACAUAAACCUAACACAAAGGAAAAUGCUUUGCACUGUUACUUAAAUAUAUUUAAUAUGUAUUUUUGAAUUGACUGUAAAUUGUAUAACUGA